AUGCUAUCUGUGGAGGAGAGCACCAUGAAGGCUGCUUUGUCCUGGAACACUUUGGCAGCAGUGUUUGCUCAGUGUUUGGACCACAGCAGAAGGAAGCCUAUGGAACCUGAUGGAGAGCAGUCAACAUUUAACAGAUGUCUGACCACUUUGGACCUUGUGGCUCUGGGAGUGGGCAGCACAUUGGGAGCAGGGGUCUACGUGUUGUCAGGCGAAGUGGCCCGGGACACUGCUGGACCCAGUAUAAUCAUAUGUUUCUUAAUUGCUGCCCUGGCGUCUAUAUUCGCUGGACUUUGCUAUGCGGAGUUCGGGUCCAGGGUGCCCCUCACUGGAUCAGCCUACCUGUACAGCUAUGUGACCGUGGGAGAGCUGUUGGCGUUCAUUACGGGGUGGAAUCUGCUGCUCUCGUAUGUCAUAGGGACAUCCAGUGUGGCGUUGGCAUGGAGCGGCACGUUUGAUGACCUCAUCGGGGGCCACAUAUCCAAGUUCUUUGAAGAAAACGCAGCCAUGAACCUUCCCGGUUUGGCCUCUUAUCCUGAUAUCUUUGCUGCUGUUCUUAUUAUAUUGCUCUCAGGACUUCUGGCUUUUGGGGUCAAAGAGUCAACGACCAUCAAUAAGAUUUUCACAGCGAUCAACAUCCUGGUGCUGCUGUUUGUCACCAUAUCUGGGUUUAUCAAAGGAGAUGUGUCAAACUGGAGCAUCAGCAAAGAAACACUGCUCAACUACACAACGCAAAACAACCUGACCUCCACCAUAUUCGGGACUGGAGGGUUUUUCCCAUAUGGCUUCACUGGGACGCUGGCCGGAGCAGCAACAUGUUUCUAUGCCUUUGUUGGUUUUGAUUGUAUUGCUACAACAGGCGAGGAAGUGAAAAACCCCCAGAAGUCUGUCCCUGUGGGCAUUGUUGCUUCUCUCCUCAUCUGUUUCUUGGCUUACUUUGCUGUGUCCGCGGCUCUCACCCUGAUGAUGCCAUACUACAUGCUCGACCGCAAGAGUCCACUGCCUGUGGCCUUUGAGUACAUUGGUUGGGGUCCGGCCAGAUAUGUUGUAGCAGUAGGAUCUCUGUGCGCUCUCUCCACAAGUCUUUUAGGCUCUAUGUUUCCGAUGCCUCGGGUGCUGUUUGCUAUGGCCAGAGAUGGCCUGCUUUUCCACCCACUCACCAAAGUCACUGCCAAAGGAAGUCCUGCUAUUGCAACUAUAUCAUCUGGAAUAGUUGCAGCUAUCAUGGCGCUUCUAUUUGACCUAAAUGCUCUUGUAGAGAUGAUGUCCAUUGGUACACUCUUUGCUUACACACUGGUUGCUAUUUGCAUCCUAAUACUAAGAUAUCAAGAAUCACAAAACAAGGAGUCCAAUCCCGACCCCAUGUAUUCAUUCCUUAAACCUCCAUCAAAACCUAAUUCCAAAAGCUCUAAAGCAGUAACAAUCAUGACUGUGAGUGCAGUUGCUUGUAUAACAGCAGUCUGUAUAUUACUGACUCAGGCUCUUGAUGAAAUAGCUGCGGCAGAGCCCUGGAGCUUGGCAUUGGUCAGCAUAUUUAGCGUUCUGAUACUGCUAAUUAUAUUUUUCAUUUGGAGACAUCCACAAAAUCCAACCAAAGCAACAUUUAUGGUGCCCCUUCUUCCCGCUCUUCCUUUAGUGAGCACUUUCAUCAAUGUUUACCUGAUGGUGCAAUUAGGCACAGAUACAUGGUUACGAUAUGGAAUAUGGAUGCUCGUAGGGUUACUCAUCUACUUUCUCUACGGGAUGUGGUUCAGUCUGCAGAGGAGAGGCCGCACGCCUGCACACAUACCAAUAGAGACUGGUCUUCUUCCUCUGGGGUUGUUGAGGCUUCAGCUCUUCCAGUCCAGCAGCUAA